AUAAUGUAGCGAACAAGGGAGCUGUGAUACAUUCUGUAUUAUCUAAAACUCCUCAUUGUGUGGUUCAGCAGGACACUUUAACCACAUAAACCAGCUGCACCAUGGCGAAGCAUUUCCACGUGAACACACCACUGCUGGAGUCUAUGGGGAUGUCCAAGCGAGUGGGAACUACCGUCUAUAUGAAGAUGGAGAACUCGCAGCCCGCAGCUUCCUUCAAGAUCCGUGGCAUCGGACACCUCUGCCAGCAGCUCGCCAGACAGUCCAAAGGAGUUGUCUGCUCUUCAGGUGGUAAUGCAGGCAUCGCUACAGCCUACGUAGCCAGAAAGAUGGGAGUCCCAGCCACUAUCAUUAUUCCGUCCUCUUCUCCCCAGCUGGUGGUCCAGAGACUGCAGGAUGAGGGAGCUACUGUCAAGAUUGUAGGCAAGGUUUGGGAUGAAGCCAAUGCAGAGGCUCUCAGAGUGGCAGAAGCCGAAGGCCUCACCUACGUUCCUCCGUUCGAUCACCCCCUGCUAUGGCAGGGCCACGCCAGUCUGAUCGCAGAGGUCGCGGCCUCUCUGGGUCCCAGUGUGAAGCCCGGAGCUGUGCUGGUGUCCGUGGGCGGAGGAGGCCUCCUGUGUGGGCUCGUCCAGGGCCUGAAGGACGUAGGCUGGACGGACGUACCCAUCGUUGCCAUGGAGACGGUGGGGGCAGACAGUUUCAACGCUGCGGUUAAGGCGGGGAGGCUGGUCACUUUGGAUGACAUCACCAGCGAGGCGAAAUGUCUCGGAGCAAAGACGGUUUGCAAGCAGGCCUUCGAAUACAGCCAGAGCAGCGAGCUGACCAUCAUCUCCGAGGUGGUGACCGACCAACAGGCGCUGCAGGCCAUCCAGACAUUCCUCGAUGAGGAGCGUGUGCUGGUGGAGAUGGCGUGUGGAGCAGUGCUGGCAGCCGUCUACAGCGGACUUAUAGGCAGACUGCAGGACGAAGGUCGCCUGCCAACUCCCUUGGGCCCCCUGCUGGUGAUCGUGUGCGGCGGCAGCAGCAUCAACUUGGAGCAGCUGAGCAGCCUCAAAGAAAAACUACAGACCUGAACUACUGUGUGUGUGCAGGUGUGUGUGUUUUGUGAGUAGAAAGAUGACUGGAUGAAUUUAAAGAAAUGCACAAAUUUAUUGCCUUGAAAGCAAAAAUCCUAUUUUGAGACAUUUCAGAGAGUUAGUUUUAAUAUAAAUGAAUUAGUAAAGUUGUGUAAAGUACAGAAAUCAAAUGAAAUGUUUUAGAAAAGUCAAAUAAAUCUCUGCAAGAAUCAAUUAUUGCUUCUUCUCAUGUGCAGAUGCUCACUGUUCAGUUACCAGGUUUCCCCACAUGGUGGUGUCACAGUUCACUGUUCAGAAGAAAAUCAUCCACAGAGUCCAUCGCAGAGGAACGUUCAUGGGAAGAAAGCUUUUCUGUUGUGUGACUACUACAGCCAAGUAUUUGUUCAAUAAAACCUUCUCCUAGUCUU